GUCUUCUUUUGUAGUUUCCCUGUGUUGUCAGUAUGUUCAAAAUUACCUGUGAGCAAGAACCGAGCUUCAUGAAGAUGCCCUCAACUUGAUCGCCAUGGAAACGCCAGUCAGCACUUCGUCAUUGUCCCAUCUCAGCCAGAAGUCUCUGCAGUCCCUGGGGAUUGGAGUGCUCGGGAAGAGCGAAACCGAAGUCGAGUCCUGCGACUGGCCAUGGCUCUUCCACUGCAUCCGGCCGGGCAUUCGCAAGAAGUCAGACCUGCUUAUAGCCCUCGUCCACUUUCUGGUCACCAAGGAGUACCACCUGCGAUGCACCACCAAGGAGGCCACAAAGUCCGGUGAAAGGCAGGUGGCCGGAGGCAGUUCCAGUGAACUGCUGCCGGAUCACUGGAAUCGGGAUGCCCGCCGAUACUCGCUGAGCUACGUGGAUGAGCUGGGCGGCCAGUACCUGCUGCUGGCCAAGCUGAGUCGUCGGGAUCUGGUGAUCAGCCUGCAGAACUCGACCAGCAAGCGCCUGUCCAUCGCCUGUCUGCAGCCCGAGAAGCUGGUGGCCUCCACCAGUGAAUCCUCCGCGGAGAAGUGCAUGCCGAAGGCGGAGCAGAUAAUGAGUUGCCUGCGCUACGAUCUGGUGGAUCCGGCAGUGCGGGGCAUUCGCAAGAGAGACCUCCUCCUCCUCCGGCCCUCCCCGGCUCCCUCCAAAGUGACCUUCAAGAGCACCCAUGCCCUGGGCACCGAGGAGUCCACUUAGCAGUGGAUUCCAUUUUAAAUUUAAUAACUAUGCCUAUAAGGGAAAUAUUUUUAUUAAAAGGAUAUAUUUAAAGUAAAUAAUAAAAAGAAACAAGAACGA